AUGAAUGGAGCCUCCCGAGCUCCGGCCACCAGCGUGAGUGCCGAUUGCUGCAUCCCGGCAGGCCUGCGCCUCGGGCCGGUGCCCGGAACCUUCAGGCUGGGCAAGUACCUGUCAGACCGCAGGGAACCCGGGCCCAAGAAAAAGGUGCGCAUGGUGAGAGGGGAGCUUGUGGACGAGUCGGGGGGCUCCCCUCUGGAGUGGAUAGGGUUAAUCCGGGCAGCCAGGAACCCCCAGGAACAGACUCUGGAAGCUAUUGCAGACUUACCCGGAGGACAGAUCUUCUACCGAGCACUGCGAGAUGUCCAGCCAGGGGAGGAGCUGACUGUGUGGUAUUCCAACUCCUUGGCUCAGUGGUUUGACAUCCCCACAAUUGCAACUCCGACGCACGACGAGAAAGGGGAGGAGCGCUACAUUUGCUGGUACUGCUGGAGGACGUUUAGAUACCCCAACAGCCUUAAGGCGCAUCUACGUUUCCACUGCGUGCUCAGCAGCGGCGCGGGGCGCGCCUACCUGCACCAAGAGCACGGGUCUCGCCAAGGCGCUGGCGCUGCCGCUGCCGCUGCCGCGGAUGGCCUUGGCCUCUCUCCGAAACCCCAGGUGCCGGACUUCGCCGCGGCCACCCCGGCGGGCACUCUGCGGCCCCACCUGCAGGCCCCACUGCCUGUCCAGGCCUGCGGAUCCAGGGAGAGCAUCAAGCGCGAGGCCUCUUCUGCGCCCUCGGCCACCUCGCCGCCCUUCUCCAAGUGGGGGCUGUCCAAGAAGAGCAAGGAACAUCUUGACCGCGCCCUGGACGUGAGCGGGGCCGCCCGGGGAAACGGCCACUUUCUGGGCAUCGUAGGUGGCUCCCCAGCAGGGGGAGGCGGCCUGGCCUUAUAUCCCGGUGUGCGCUCGGCUUUCAAGCCCGCGGGUUUGGCUAGGACGGCGGCGACAGCGCAGGGCGACGCCUACCGGGAGGAGGGCGGUGGCAAAUCGGGGACCGGCCUACUGGGAGGGGGUCGGGCGGGAGGGCGCCCCGGAAGCAGGGAGAACGCGGCGGCGGGAGGCGCGGGCCAACACCAGCACCACCACGCUCACCACCACCACCACCACCACCACCACCCGAAGUGCCUGCUCGCGGGGAAUCCGCCUCUGCCUCCUCCGCCUGGUUUGCCCUGCUCUGGGGCGCUGCGCGGCUUCCCUCUGCUCCCUGGCCCCCCGGAAGAGGCGUCUGCCUUCAAGCACGUGGAACGCGCCCCGCCCGCCGCUGCCACACCGCCUGGAGCGCGUUUCGCACAGCUCCCUCCGGCGACUGGCCUGCACCUCGAGCGAUGCGCGCUGCCGGGCCUCGACGCAAGUGGGCUCAAAGCCUAUCCGGGUAGCGAGUGCAGCCACCUGCCCGCCGUGAUGCCGGCCUUUACUGUCUAUAACGGGGAGCUACUGUAUGGCUCAACGGCCGCCGCCGCCUAUUACCCGCUCAAACUGCACUUCGGUGGGCUGCUUAAAUAUCCGGAGUCCAUCUCCUAUUUCAGCGGGCCCGCGGCGGCUGCGGCGGCGGCGGCCACGCUGAGCCCCGUGGAGCUAGGCUCCCUGACCAGCAUCGACCGGGAGAUUGCCAUGCACACUCAGCAGCUCUCCGAGAUGGCGGCUGGGAAAGGCCGCGGCCGCCUGGACGCAGGGACACUGCCACCCGCCGUCGUGGCUUCGGGUGGCGGGGGGAGUGGCGGCAGCGGGGGCGGCAGCGCCGGCAAGCCCAAGACCGGCCACCUGUGCCUCUACUGCGGCAAGCUGUACUCACGCAAGUACGGGCUCAAGAUCCACAUGCGGACGCACACGGGCUACAAGCCGCUCAAGUGCAAAGUGUGCCUGCGGCCCUUUGGCGACCCCAGCAAUCUCAACAAGCACAUCCGGCUGCACGCAGAGGGCAACACGCCCUACCGCUGCGAGUACUGCGGCAAGGUGCUGGUGCGGCGCCGAGACCUGGAGCGCCACGUUAAGUCCCGCCACCCAGGCCAGAACCUGCUCGCCAAGGCAGGCAACGGUCCAGGCACAGAGCCUGACUACCCCCGGGACCCCGGGGAGCCCAAGAGCGACAACGACAGUGACGUGGACGUCUGCUUCACCGACGACCAGAGCGGCCCUGAAGCCGGGGGUGGAGGAGAGCGCGUCUCCUAACCAUUCUUGCCGAGAAGGGGUGUGUGUGGGGCGCGUGGACACAGAACUGGGGGUUCUGUACUGGAAGUAGAGAAGCUCUUGGUGGUGAGAAGGACCCUGUUGACAAAGUCGUUUUUAUUUUGGCGGGGCGCCAGACUUUGCGACAGUGAAAGGUGCCGGGACCGGUGCUGAAACGCAGAGCAAAGGUUCAGAGGUGGCUUAAAGAAACCUGGCAUCCCGGGGAGCCUGCGGGCCUGGGUCCUCGCGCUCGAGGACGCUGCGGAUAGGCUUCCCCACGAACGCCCAGGCCGUCUGCUCUCGAGGUUAGGAUCACAUUAACGUGAACGUUGCUGGCGCCCUGGAGGGUGUCCACUUUAACUGUCACGUAUUUUAAAAUUGUUCUUUUCUGUGGAGGAAAUUGUGCCUUUUGAAACGAUGUUUUGUGGGUGUCUUUUACAUUAGCAUUUCACUGCGUAGGCAAAACAGUAGUCACAAUUGGAUAGAUGUGGCAUCCACACACUUGUCUCAGUUUCAUCUGUUCAAAGACUGCGCCUUGCCGCAUUGAAUAUAUAGUGGUAGCAGGUGUACAAAUUGGUCAAGUUGCAAUUAUUUAUAAGAGAAUAAUGACAAAUGUAAAAUAUCUAAAGCAUGAAUUUAAGAACACACAAUAUAUAAUUUUAAAGAAAAUGUC